UUCCCAAGUCAGAGACUUUAGGAGAGGACGCGGGACCCAGAGCCAGAUGGUCCGCAGCAGCCGCCACCCGCAGCCACCGCGCCCGAGAACCAGCCGGGUCCCGCCGGGCGCCUCCGAAUCUCUCCUCGCGCCCUGAAGCAGCCGGCAGAGCAGCCCUGCCUGGAGAGGCGCAGCAGCAACCACCGGACUCGAGGGGGGCCAGCAGGAGGAGCUGGGGCGACUCCGCUGUCGGCUGCUGCGACGUCCCACCUUCUCGCUCCAGAGGCUUUGGGGGGAGCCCAGCACCGAGAAUCCCCUUUCCCCCCCUUCCCCUGCUGCCCCCCUUUUGCUUUCAUGCAACGCCUGGUGACCUGGGACCAAGCAUGCCUGCCCCUCCAGCCGCCGGCCUUUAAAUCCAUGGAAGUGGCUAACUUCUAUUACGAGGCGGACUGUCUGGCUGCUCUGAGCAAGCUGCAUCCCCGGGCUGCAGGGGGCCGCUCCAUGACCGAGCUCAGCGUGGGGGAACACGAGAGAACGAUCGACUUCAGCCCUUACCUGGACCCUUUAGCAUCGCAGCAGGCGCAGCAGCCUCCUUCUGCGGCAGCAGGGGGCAACUUUGAGCCUGUUUGCAGCGGCAGCGGCGGAGGGAGCGGCGGCGGCGGCCAAGAUUUCCUCUCCGAGCUCUUCUCUGAGCAGGACUAUAAAGGCGGCAGCGGCGGCGGCGGCGGGAAGAAGCACCCUGAUUAUACGUACAUCAGCCUGGCCAGGCACAGCCAUCACCCGGGCGGCGGGCAAAGCCACAAGGCCGGGCCGCUGCUGGGUUGCUUCCCGCCGCAGAUGGUGGAGACCAAAGUGGAGCCGGUCUUCGAGCACCUGGACUCUUGCAAAGGGCCCCGCAAGGAAGAAGCUGGCGGCGGCGCAGGGCCCGGGCUGGGCGGAAUAUCCUCGCCCUACGGCAGCACCGUGCGCUCCUACUUGGGCUACCAGUCCGUGCCGAGCGGGAGCAGCGGCAACCUCUCCACCUCGUCCUCUUCCAGCCCACCCGGCACCCCGAACCCGUCCGAUUCUUCGAAAUCCGCCUCGGCCGGAGGAGGAAGCGGCGGCGGCGUUGGCGGCGGCGUUUACCCGGCAGGCCACGGCGGCGGAGGUGGCAAGAACAAGUCCAAGAAGUGCGUGGACAAACACAGCGACGAGUACAAGAUCCGCCGGGAGCGAAACAACAUCGCGGUGCGCAAGAGCCGCGACAAAGCCAAACUGCGCAACCUGGAGACGCAGCACAAAGUCUUGGAACUGACGGCCGAGAACGAGCGGCUCCAGAAGAAAGUGGAGCAGCUCUCCCGGGAGCUCAGCACCCUCAGGAACUUGUUCAAACAGCUGCCCGAGCCGCUCUUGGCCACCUCUGGACACUGCUAGCCCCGCAGCUGGACGCCGCUGGAACAGUGCUGUGGUCUGGGUUAGGAAAGGGGGGCGGGCAGAGAUGCCGGGGCGCGCGCGAUUGGAGUUUGGGGAAGGCUCGAGGGGUCGGACGGGGGAUUUGGUGGUUGCUUCUUCUCCCUCCUUUCAAGGCAAGAGCGUAUCAGGGAGGAGGCUGCCCAGAGAGGUUUAUACAUGAUAUUUUAUAAUAUAUUAUUAUUGGCCUUUUAAUUCGCACUCUGAUGUUGGGGGAAACCUUCCGCCCUAAGCUCUGUGCUGUACAACUCCUUCGGCUGGCGGGGGGAGUCUCCUGGCGGUUUCCAUUUACCUCUGCGACCUCAUGGAGGAAGCGUUCUUUUUCAACUUCAUUAUUGUUUUUUAUUCUAAGAAAAUGUGACACCAGACUAGACCCAAGUCCCUUAAUCUCCGAUCUGGAAUCUCUGCAGGGUUGUGUGUGUGGUCGGUCCCCCCUUUCCCUUUAUUUCUCCCCCCCCCACGCCUCCCCCCCCUUUGAAUGCUAGUGUUAUUUAAGAAGAGAAAGAAGGAGAUAAUAAAAUAAAGUAGUAGAGCGAAAGGGAGAGAAAGAGUCCAAAGUGAUGCAAUCGUUUAAACAUGGCUGGGAAAGCUAUCUACACAUGAUGCAACCUCGUGUAACUGUCAGUCAUGGAUUGAGUAAUCUGUUAAAGAUGUUCCUACAGGUUUUUUUUUUUAAUUAUAAAGAAUGAUCUAUUUCUAUAAGGAAAAAAAGACAUAUGUAUAUUUUGGGAUCUAUGCAUUCUUGCUACAUAUGAAGCAUUAAUGAACAAUUUUAAUAAAACUUUAUUGCUAGGAGGAAAAAUGA